CGCGGCAUUGUUGGAACGGGGCAGCAAAACACCACAGCAGGCGGCGGCCAUAUUACGGUCCCCUCGCCGCCCCUCUCCCGCCCGCCCCGCACACGGCCGCCAUGGAGGAGACCAAGAUCAUUUACCACAUAGACGACGAGGAGACGCCCUACCUGGUCAAGAUACCCAAGGCGCCGGACAAAGUCACGCUGGCGGACUUCAAGAAUGUCCUCAACAGACCCAGCUACAAGUUUUUUUUCAAGUCCAUGGACGACGAUUUCGGGGUUGUCAAGGAGGAAAUAAUAGACGAUGACGCGCCGCUGCCUUGUUUCAACGGUCGGGUUGUGUCCUGGAUUGUGUCAGCAGACAGUAGUGUUGUAUCAGACAAUGUGUCACAGUGUGCAGAGGUGGAGGGAGGACGGCCGCCCCCUUAUCACCAUGGAGAAACCACCAGUCAGCUUGAAGAUUCUACUUGUACAGAAACCGAGAGUGUUAUCUCCACACGAAGAGACCGGCACCACAGAAGUUCGCGACAUCAUAAGUUUGAUAAGUACAAUGACCGGCACUUUGUGGAUCCAAUGCGGAUCAACGGCCAUGGGACCCGCGUGCCCCGCCACCAUGGCUACGAGUCCUCCUCCAUGAUCAGCUCAGACCUGGAGUCCACGAGCUUCUUUGAUUCUGACGAUGACGCCUCCAGUCGCAUCACAGCCACCACCACGGGGAGCAGUAGUGUGUCAAGGCUACACGCGCGGCACAGGCGGAAAAAGCAGCGCCGGCACCGUCUGCAGCCUGCCAUGUCCCGCACCUCCUCCAUCUCCUCCAUCACAGACUCUACCAUGUCCCUCAACAUCAUCACCGUCACCCUCAACAUGGACACGGUCAACUUCCUGGGCAUCUCCAUCGUGGGCCAGUCCAGCAAAGGGGGAGACGGCGGAAUCUACGUGGGCUCAAUAAUGAAGGGAGGUGCUGUGGCUCUGGAUGGUCGCAUUGAGCCAGGGGACAUGAUACUCCAGGUCAACGAUAUUAACUUUGAGAACAUGAGUAAUGACGAGGCUGUUAGGGUGCUUAGGGAAGUUGUUCAAAAGCCUGGGCCUAUAAAACUUGUGGUUGCCAAGUGUUGGGAUCCAAACCCCAAAGGCUACUUCACCAUACCACGAACAGAGCCGGUGCGACCCAUCGACCCCGGGGCCUGGGUGGCUCACACACAGGCGUGCCGGGGGCUGCCAGGCGAGUUCCCUGGCCGCCCACCCUCUGUCAGCACCCUCACCUCCACCAGCUCCUCCAUCACCUCCAGCAUCCCAGAGUCCGAGAGGUACCAGGGACUCGGGAAACCUAGCUUCUCUUUUGGGCCGUAUGAAGAAAUGAAGCUUACAAUCAAUACUCCGAUGGACACCAUAGUGAGAACAAUGGCAGCUCCCGACUCUGGCCUGGAGAUUAGAGACCGAAUGUGGCUCAAAAUCACCAUACCUAAUGCAUUCAUUGGGGCUGACGUGGUGGAUUGGCUGCACCAGAGAGUCGAUGGCUUCCAGGACCGGCGGGAGGCAAGGAAGUACGCGGCUCAGAUGCUCAAGGCGGGCUACAUUAGACAUACUGUUAAUAAGAAGGACUUCUCGGAGCAGUGCUACUAUGUGUUUGGUGACCUUUGUGCCAAUAUGAUACUCACAGGCUUAGCAGGGUUGAAGCUGGGUGAGGACGACACUCUGAGCGAGGCGGACAGGGACACCCUCGCCCCUCUGCCCCCACCCUCAGGCACCUCCCCCUGGGGUGGCCCACACAUGCCUUAUGCUGGCACUUAUGUCCCCCCUGCCACUGGCUUCACACCCAUGCCGUUUAAUUACACCAAUGAAUCCUUUGCAUUUAAUAGAGAUGGCAGUACUAACAGUGGCUCAGGUAGCAGCGGAGGGACCCAGAAGAAAGUGGAAAGGAAGUCGGCGUCUCCAGCACAGAGUGGGAGUGAUAGCGAGGCCAGCCAGCGCAGCGCCCGCCGGAUAGGGAGUGGUGGGACUGGGUCAGGCAGUGGUAGUGUUGGUGGAGGGGGCGGCGGUGGCGGUAGUAGUGGUGUAGGAGGGGGAGGGACAGUUGGCACGGGGGGAGGAUCUAGCGGUUCAGAGCGUUCCACAGCCACCACCUUGUCCCAGCCGCCCCAGCAGCCCCACCUGCCUCACCCCUCUCUUCAGCACCCCACAGGUGUGCCCCAAGUGUUUGCCUCACACCCUCAACACCCCCCACACCCUCAACACCCCCCACACCCUCAACACCCCCCACACCCUCCACACACCCCACAUCCCCCACACCCUCCACAUCCCCCACACACCACACACAAUACACAUCCCCCUCCCUCCCAUCAAAAGGGAAUUCCCCCAUUAUUGCCCCCACAUCCAACACAUCCCCACCCCCCUCCAGCGGGCAUCCCUCCCCAGCCCCACAGUCACCCCCACCCAGCAGGCAUCCCUCCUUCCCACAACCACCCUCAUCCCCCUCCUCCUGCCGUCCCUCAUCCUCAGUCUAGCCAGCCUAACCCUACUGCCCCUCCUGCCCGUCUGGUGGAGCAGAUGGCUCCUGACCUAGCUGCCAGCACCAACAGUUUCAGCCUGGCCAUGGACAACCCCUGCAACUUUUUUGUUGAUUCUGUUUGAAGCUUUAAUUGUUUUGAGGAGGACAUCCAGGGUUACCAGUUCAGUGACCGCAGCUAGUCACGUGGAAGAGGGCCAGGGACCCAGCGCGAGCUUAAAUCUCAGCGAAAAAUGUGUCAAAUCUCAGUGGAAGCUGCUAAGUGUUAUCAACCUAAGUGAUGUAACUAUCUGCUUCAUGUUGCUUCUCAAAGGCCUUGCCCCAAGUUGUGCUUCAGAACCUGACCAAGACCAGUGGCAUAAGCACCGUAAGGGAGUUUCCAGGUAGGGACUACAAUAACUCAGCCCUGAUAAUAUAUAUUUUUCUAUGAGUGCACCAACAGUAAUCAAUCCACCGGCAGCUCAAUGUGACUUACAGGGUGGAUUCUUUCUCCAGUAAAAUCCGAAGAAGGCAUCUCAUACAGUGUUCACAAAACUUGACGUACUUGAUCAUGUGCAUCAUGAAAAUGAUUAAUCUAUUAAGUGGUAUUGAUAUCCCGAGGCUUAGCCAUUGUCAGUGAGUAUUCGUAAGUGAAGUGAAAAAAAGUAUUAUAUAGCUACAUGGCAAACUGACAAACUCCUAAUCGCAUGUUGAUGGAGGUGUGGAGACAGUGGAACUAACCACCAGAUAGCAAGUUUUCCCCAGAUAUUAUAGACCUGAACUUUGUGAUAAGGUUCAUGCAAUUUCUGUUAUAUCAAAAUCAAAGUGAACUGAAAAUGUGGAGUAUGUAUACCUAACAAAUUUUGGCAUGGCAUUUAGUGGUAAUGCUGGCAAAUAUGUGAAUGUGCAAAGGUAAUCAGUUUCUUCAUUGACUCCCCUCUCAUGGAAAGGAAAGGAAGUAUGUGGGUUAGUGCUCUCUAAGUGCAAUUUACUAAAAAAGUAUCAAAAGGAUGGCUUCAUGAUGUUCAAUUCAAGAUUAUUAUGCAAUAAUGUAACUGAACCAUUAAGUGGUGUCCCAAGGUAACCUAAUGACAUACAUCCAAUUAUGCAAUUUAUAAGUGUGAAGAUAUGGUUAAAGUUAUUUUGAAGGUGCAUUGUUAGUUCUUUGGUCGUUAGUGUGUUUCCCAAAUUUUUAUUUUGAAAUCAAAUUCUGACUGACUCCAGGCUUUAAUAUUGGGACCCUCAGAGUGAAGAAAGAUAAGUUGAAUCUUCUGUAUUGUUAAUUUGGUGGUACAAGUUUGUUUUGUAAAUGAGAUCUAAAGGCACUCGUGUGUUCACAUAUUACAGGCAGAGCAUUCACUUUCCUGAUUUUUGUCAUGAAAAUCAAGAGACAGUGUGGGCUGUGGGUCCGUGUUUACAUGUUACAGUGAAGUGCAGCUACUGUGCUAGUUUUGAACCUGAUUUUAAUGGCAGACUUUGGUUUUAAAAGAAAUUGAUAUUCUAAUUGUAAAUCUAAAUUGCAAAGGACUGUGAGGGAAGCAAAUACAUUUGCUAGGGCAAAACUAUGUAUAUUUGAAGAUUUUGAAGAUAAAUAUGUCCAGAUUGAACAAUGGCUGUUGUAUGUCAGUGCCAGGCCUUCAUUAGAGAAGACCAGGACAGCCACCAGCCACAUACAAGAGUGAUGGUAAUGUAUACGAAGGUUGUUGCUCGUCACAACUUGAUUAUUGCUUUAAUUGGUUAAACUGUGGGCUGUAAGGUGGGGCGCGUGUUUUACAAUGAAGGUGUAGCUAAGACAUCAAAAGCAUCGGCUAAUUUGGUUGUGGCAAAUCAUUUCUGAUCAAGUGGUGGGCUGGUCCUCUGGUUGAUUAAUGAUGCAACCAGAUAGAUAGUCAGGUUAAUAGGUAUUGUUAAAUUGUUCUGUACACCAGCUAAGUAAUGUCUGAGCAGUGUGCGUGUUUGCUGACCACAGUGCUUUCAUCUGUACAUAACUACAUUUGUAUUUUCACAGGAUGAGCUACAUCACAUACCCAUGAAAGGUGAUAGGGCAUAAUUUCAGUACAUUGCUAUCAGCCAUUGCAAGUAGUUGACCAGUUCUUGUGAUCUCCAACCCUCUAAAUUAGAUUCACAAAAUUUGUCCCAAGUUUGCAGUAAUGAUAAAGUGAGGAAACUAGAACAGAAAGGUUACCGAGUCCGUUGCUCAGACACACACGGCUCAAAAAGACACUUGCCCUAACUUAUGAAUUGCUACUCAUCACAAGUACUAGUGGCUCAUUAGUUCCUAAUUAUGCAGCAUUCAGGCACAGACAGAUCUUGAUGAGGACAGCCAUAGCACAAACUCCUGUUAUCUCUUUGUUGCCGUCUACUAGGUACUCUGAUUAUUAAUUAUAAUAUGUACAUUUGUUAAGUUAUAUUGAGCUUGUUUUUAGUAAUUAACAAAUUCUUGGCAGCUUUUUAAUCAGUUAGAGAGAAUUAUACAGCACAAUUUUACUAUGUUCCAGGGUGAACUUUGUCAUCUAAUUGAAGGGCUGGAAGUCACCAUAUCAUACUGUAAAUACAUGAAAUUUGACUGUGUACCAUUGUGUCUUCGCUUGCAGCCUGUGAUGCAAUCAGUCAGACAAUAAGUUUUGUCUUAGUGGUAGUUUUCAGUAUGUUGUCUCUGCCAUUUUAUUGUGAUUUCUGUCUUGUUCCUUUACAUUUUGUAAAUGUAUUUAUGUACAUAGAAAAGUAUGAAAGAAUCUUCUUAACUGCAGAAUUGCUUCUGCAUAUCUGUGACCAUAAUAUAUGCUCGAUAUAUAUAGAUUCUAAAACAUAUUAUUACAGUCUCUCAUGAAAUGCCCCAUUGAUGCAUGGUUUUAUACAUAAAGAAUGAGUAAUUUUAGCUACCACAGUGAAAGGGGUUCAGGUUGAGUGGCAGAGAGAAGGUUGAGGGUUGAGGAGGAGGGGAAGGCUUGGAGGCUCUACAGCUGUUCAUUUUUUAACUUUUACAUACUCCUGCUUCAGGGAUACUCAUUAAUGAAUGCUCUUAAGUAUGUGUUGCAUAAUUCUUGUCACUGGACUACCAUGACGACCUGUAGAUACAAACAACUUGCUUUGCUGGUACAGGUGUAUUAUGUAUUUUUUUAUUGAUUGGCGCAAGACUCAACAUUAACUGUUCAGUGAGGAGCGACCUAAACAAUCUUAAUACUUAUGUUGUGCUUCGUUGAUAACGGUUUGGAUUUGUACUCCGUGGGAUCCAUUCUGGUUCUUAUAACUGUAAGUCAUAGAGGUCAAAAUAUAUACUUGAACAUGU